GGCGUCGGUGCAACUGUUGGCGCAUAUGUCAUUCUGCCGCUGAUCAUGUUUCGUUAUGUUAGUAAAUCGUCGGAUUCCGGCAAACACGCUUGGACUGAUUUGCUGCUCCGCCACUUGUUGCUUCUGUUUGCUCUGGUUGAGGGCUUGCUUGCCGGCUAUGUGCUAUCCGAGAGAGCGAUUGACUGCACACCACCAAUCGCCGCACUCACGCCAAUAGCAAUUGGAGUUGGAGCGCAAGUGCUCCAACCUAUGAUCAAAGAGUAA